UCUUGUGCUGUGGAGAGAGAGAGAGAGAGAGAGAAUGAGUGUUUCUUUGAGUGUGAUGACCUUGAAUCUCCAUGAUGAUGAUGACGAUGAUGAUGAGCAGCAAGAGAGUCCUAACUCAUGGGAGAAGAGAAGGGACUUGUGUUUGAGCGUUAUCACCAGUUACUCACCCAUCAUCCUCUGUACCCAACAAGGAGUGAAAACGCAGUUAGAUUAUCUCCAGCAGGGUCUACCUGGUUAUGAUCAGUUUGGCAUAUCACGAAAAGGGCCCCAAGACACUGCUGAUGAGCAUUGCACCAUCUUCUAUGAUAAAGAAAAGGUAGAGCUUCUGGAAGGUGGAACCUUUUGGUUAUCUGAGUCUCCCUCUGUACCUGGAAGCAUGUCAUGGGGUUCUGAAUUUCCUUGCAUUGCAACAUGGGCUACAUUUCAACUUAAAGGGGUUGAACCACCAGGAUAUUCAUUUCAGAUAGUGAAUACAAACAUGGAUGAGUUCAGUUCUCGAGCCCGCAGAAAAAGUGCUUUACUUACGUGGCAGCACAUUGCAUCCUUACCCCCCAGCCUGCCAGUUGUGUACUGUGGAGGAUUCAACACACAAAAAGAAUCAACUAUGGGACGCUUUCUUCUUGGAAGAUCAAGAGAGCAUGGUGUAGUAGGGGACAUGUGGGAUGCAUGGCCGUGUGCCCAUGUGAGGAAAAAUGUAUCCCUAAUCCGCACUUAUCAUGGAUUCAAGGGUAACAAACAAGGAGCUCUUGAAUUCCUGGAGUUGAUCUUUAGGGCCCUCUGCCUCUGUUGGGAUCGCCAAACACAGGAUCUUCACAUUGAUUGGGUCCUUUUCAGAGUAAGGAUGCUAGAACAACCUGUGCAAGAAGAUAACUAAAUUCUAUUUUUGCUAUACUUUGGUGGGAUCCCAUUCAUCCCUUGAGUAUUAUUAGCAAUGAGUUUCUUGUGGAGAUAUUGGUGGCUGUUUCCAACUUUCUAUCAUGAAUGUCUUCUUUACAUGGGGGCUAUUAUUAGUAAAAUUAUGUAUCAGCACACUGCCUCCAUACCCAAAGAUCAUGUAUCAAACAGAAUUCAAUUAGCUUGUGAACUUUAAGUUGUUUCUUCCUUUUAUUUGUUUAACGAGCUUUUAUAUUUGAAGUUUG